UUCGUGAUGUAACCUCGGGGUUGGGACAGGCUACGUGCUGCAACUACCCAGAGCCCAGCAGCGUCCCCAUGGGGAUUCUGACUCAUGGGGCCAGGGGAUGAGAUGCUUGCUUCUGUCUUUUGCCUCAUGGGAAUAUGGUGCUUGCUAAGAAGGGGAGCCUUAAAGGCCACAGAAAGGGAGCUCUGGGAAGGAUUUCAGCAGUCCCCCUGGUCCAUUCAUUUGUCAUGCCCAGUGGGUGCACAGUAAAUGACUAUAAAAAAUAGACCAGUAGGUGACAAAAUGACAGAUGAGCAAAACAAGGCUUUGUCGUGGGUCAGGUUCCCAGGAAACAGACUCUGAGAUGUACGUGCAGGAAGUUUACUGAGGCGUGCUCUCAGGGAGAAGGGGGCAGGAUUGGGCUGAGGGAGAAGCUAAACUCUGGGCAGUCACGACGGGGCCUCAGCCUGGAAAGCCAGGUGGCCCUUCAGAUGCCCCAAAUCAAGUCCGGGGGCACACGGCCCUGUAUCCCGACUGUGACCAGCCACUGAAUGCAGGCUGCUCCUGGGGGCAUAGCUUUGGGCAAGGCAGCUUCCUUUGGCUGAGAGGACUUCCUGGAAAAGGACACAGCUGUGAGUGGUCAGAAGCCGACAUUCCCAGCAGCAGGGAGAGAGCACCUCGAUAUUGGAGGGGAUCUGGGCGGCUCACCCCAGCACCCUCGGUGAGCCAGUGGCAGAGGGAGAUCACAUGAGGCUCCUGCCUCAGGCUGUCACCCCACUCAGGCAGAGGGUCUGGGCCCCUUCUGAGUGAUCUGGGGCAAUGGUAGAGGGACACCAACAUGCAGGGUCCCAGGACCGAUGGGAGGAGAGCCCACCCUGUGUGUCACCAAGAUCCUAGAAAUGCAGGGCCGGGAAGGGCACACCUCCCUCACCCGCUCUCCCUGAGCCUCUCACCCUCACCUCUCUCUCACCUCCCGGUGUUAAAGUGGGUCGGAGGGCUUGCAAAUGGCAGGCAGCACACGCCUCAUGGCAGAAGUGGUGUGGUGGGGGAUUUGUUCCACAACGUGGUUGCCCGCGCUGGAGGGGCCUGGGCCCACUAUCCCUGUGAAGUGGCCAAAGCCACACAGGUCACAGGAAAAGGAGCUCUGGGGAGGGGCAUGGGGCACCAGACCCUGCAGUGUCAGCCUGAGAUGCCACUGGGAGGAUGCUGCCGCCCCUCCGCACUCGGCGCGUCCCCAGCCCCGCCCGGCACUGGAGCCGCAGACAGCCUCCCGGAGCUUGCCGCCUGGGGCGACCGGAGGGCAGCUGUCACUGUACGAGGGCCAACGUGCAGAGGACGGAGCGGGCAGAGACUCUGGCCAUCUCAGUCAGUUCGUGAAGGAUGAGUAAAGAUUUGCCUGCCUGAGAAAAGUGAAGUGGUUGAAACCUGGCCCUGUCGUGCUGCACAGGGAGGAGGGAAGGAAACAGGAGUUCCAGGGCUGCUUGAACCCUUGACCGGCCGAGAGAGAGUUAGGAAAGCCAGGGAGGAGUGGGCCCUGGGGGUCAGACCUGGCUCACAGCACAGCACUGCCUCUUAAUUACCCUUGAGACCGUGAGCACUCGUUCCUUUGAUUAUUCACCUGUUGAUUAAGCCGUUCAUGUAUUGAGAAGCUGCUGUGGUACCAAGCACUCCUCUGAGCUUCCGUGUCCUCAUCUGUGAAAGCAGAGAUGAUUAUGCCUUCCUGCAGAGACUGGCCCUCGUAAGCGCACCCUGUGCUAGCCAGCCGGGCCUGCAGGGCCUCUAUGCUCGCUCCCUCUGGAGAUGAGGCCUGCUGUGUGGUGAGUGGCCAACGAGGAUGCCAGUGGCCAGGUCCCGAGGCACCCCGGCCCCAGCUCUGAACUGCACAAGGAGAGGAGGUGUCGGAAGGUGCAGACCAUCCUGGCCCUGAGAGCGUAUUGUCUUCAUGUCGGGAGGCUCGGGCCCUGGCCUUCCGUGGGAUGUUGGGCCAGUCACCAUCCCACUCUGGGCUGCAGGCUCACUGUUCACAAAGUCCGUCUGGCUGCAGAGCCCAUGGUCUCCCAGGCUUCCGUGCAGCCAUUCAUUGGCUCUAAGUGAGCGUCCCGAGGGUGCUUAUGGGCAUGCACCAUCAGGGGCUCCUGCGCUGCUAACCAGGCCAGCACCCCAGGCCUCUUUGUCUCUGUGGUGGCUUAGCUUCUGGCUCCCACUUCUCCAGGCCCCCCUAGGUUCUGGGAAUGUAGUCGGAAGGUGACACCUUUCUUGAGUAACGCCAGUGUAGCUAUGGCAGCUCUUCCGGGAGUGUCCAUGCGUGUGUGUGUGUGUGUCUGUGUCUGUGUCUGUGUGCGUGCAUGUGCACGCAGUGUGUUUCCCUGGGAUUGCAGAGCACCCGCACCUCAUUCAGACCCUGGGUCUUGGCUGCACAUCCUUUAACCCUAUAAUCCCCUGUCUGUCUUGGGCAGACAGCGGUUCUGGCCACCUCCCACUUGAGUCACGGGUGCCAGGAAGGCGCCGGGGGUGCUGCAGGGACCCACGCUGGCCGCCGAGUGCCUGCUCCCAUGUGUCCACGCGCGCACCCCUCCCCUCUUGGGGCCUCGCUUUCAUCCUUACGAAGUCAAGGGUGGACCUGGAGGAGCUCCAGCCCCUUCCUGCCCAUCAGGCCAGGCCCUAAGUCCAACUGGAGAGGCAGCAGAUGAGCUGGAGACUCCCAGCAGGACGGAGUGCUCCCAGGGAGGGAAACAGGGAGAAGGGUUUGCAAGGCAGCUGCUACAGCAAGUUCCCCUGCCGUGGAUAAAGGGCAAGGGUUGCCAUCUGAAAUUCCCUUUUGAGGUUGGCUGUGGGUUCUUUCUCCGUCCUUUCUUUUCCGCGUGGGCACGUUGCACGCCCAGUUCCUAGAAAAGGAGACACACUGUGGUAGCCCAGAGGGCCAUAGCUAAAGAGUGACUCACUGAGCGGGCCCUCCUGACGCAGAGCUCCCUCCUUGCACCCCUGCUGCCCUUGCCUCUCCUGCCAGGACCAGCCUGGGGGGUCUGGACUCCCAGGGAUCUGUGCGCCGCGCCGACUGGGGCAAUGGUGGCGGGCAGGGAGCAUCGCCAGGCUUCUGGAGGGCUGGGAACUGACCGUGUGGUUUCCUGUGGGAGAGGCUCCAACCCGGCCAUGCCGCCCACCCUGCAGAGUCUCGGCCGAGCUUUUCUCGAGCCCCACGGGCAGAGGGCUGGCAGGUCCUGCCGGCAGAGUGGAGUGGAAGGCCAGCGCGCGGGCACGUGUGCUCCAGGGCCUGUCGUCACAGUGCGGCUCCUCUCACCCGCGACCUCAGCACGCUGUGUUCCCUGGGGUCUCCACCGGUAACCUCCACCAGCUGUGCCCACCGUCUGAGGAUGACAUAUCAUCCGCGCUGGCCCUUAGUAAUCAGUCACUAUUUGCCAGGCCCUGGAUUCAGUGCUUUCCCUGGGAUUAUCUUCUUAUCUUGUAAAGUCCUAACACAGCCCUGGGAGUUAGGUGCUAAUGUUUUCCCUGUUUUACAGAUGAGGAAAUUGAGGUUUAACAGAGAUUAAAUAGCAUGACCGAGAUCACACAGCCAGGAAGUGGCAGAGCCAGGCCUAAAACCUGGGAAUCUGACUCCCAAGCCCACCAGACUCUCCCCUGAGCGGUCCUCCUCCCAGCGUCUCAGGCCUCCAGCUGCCGUGGCCAGCUCUGACCAGGGGAGAAAACGCAGUGCGUAUGCUGUGUGGGGCCCUCGUGGACAAGAGGCCCGAGCAGGCCGUGUUCAGUGACGUGGGCGGUUCUGAGCGGGAGCAGCCCACUUCUUGACGUGAUCCUUGCCCGAGACCCUUCGCCUGCCCUCUCAGGCUCUAGCUGCCCUGGGGGCCACCAGGCAGGUUUCCGUGGCAUCUGCCAGGGCAGGCCUGUACGGAGGGCGAGGGCCAGCGUUUCCAUUUGGAACGCCGGGGACAGACUGGCCUUUGUUGUGCACCAAGCCCUUGCCCGCAGAAUUCCCCAGGAAAGCUGAGGGGCUCGCGGAGCCUCGUGAGCGCAGCCGCACACACCUGUGCCUCUGAGCCAACCUCUUCUCCCCCUGGAGGCUCUUCUACGGAGAGGCCGCCCGAGGCCCCUGGUGGGGCUUCCCUUCCUGCCGUCCUCCCAGGCUUCUCCGCCCAGCCAGCCGGCUGUCACAGCAGAGGGGCCCUUCCUCCCUGUGCCCCCCGACACAGGCCGAGGAAGCUCUGCACCCUCACCCCGCGUCCCCAGGGGUGGCGUACGGCGUCCUCUCUGGGCCGGUUUUUGUUCUCGUUGUGAGCCUCCUAGAAAGGACCGGAGCCCAAAGCUGCUCUCACCACGGCUCUCUCAGAUGGGGAAUCUGUGGUUUUCUAGCAGUGCAGAGUCUGCUGUACAAGACAAGGGGACUCAUCGGAUAACCAUCACCAACUUCUGCCUCGGGAAGCAUCUCGUGAGCGAGGGGGACCUGCUGAAGGACCAGAGGGGGAGCCCCGCCUACAUCAGUCCAGACGUGCUCAGCGGCCGGCCGUACCGGGGCAAGCCGAGCGACAUGUGGGCCCUGGGCGUGGUGCUCUUCACCAUGCUCUACGGCCAGUUCCCCUUCUACGACAGCAUCCCGCAGGAGCUCUUCCGCAAGAUCAAGGCCGCCGAGUACACCAUCCCCGAGGACGGGCGGGUUUCUGAGAACACCGUGUGUCUCAUCCGGAAACUGCUGGUCCUCGACCCCCAGCAGCGCCUGGCUGCUGCCGACGUCCUGGAGGCCCUCAGUGCCAUCAUUGCGUCGUGGCAGUCCCUGUCCUCUCUGAGCGGGCCUUUGCAGGUGGUUCCUGACAUCGACGACCAAAUGAGCAACGCAGACAGCUCCCAGGAGGUGGCUCGGCCCAUGGCCACUCCCUGCCCCCAGCCUGGCUGGACAGCAGGGAGUCCACAGCCCCCGAUGGGCCCCCUCCUCGCCCCCAGGCUCAGAAGCCCCUUCUGGCCGGUCCCCUUCCACCUCCAGCCCACCAGUCCCUCCUUGUUUCUGGUGAUGCGGAGGCCUUUCUACACUUGGUUCUCUCUCUCCCAUCUCAGCUUCUCUGAGGUGCUGUACACCCGCAUCGGCCCUGGUUUCCUCUUCCACCCCUCACCGUGGUACCGAGGUGACGCCGACAUGGAUGGGAAGGGUGCCUGGUGGGGGGCUGGUGAGGGGUGCUCUGGGCCAGCUGUGAACAGGCGGCCCUGCUUGCACGCCGUCUCACUCCCCUCACUCCUCUGUGUUCAGAGAACUGUGGGGGCAUCUCCUCUCCCGCCCCUGCCUCGUAAUAGAGGUGGUGUCUCUCCCAGCAGACCACCAGGGGCGCCAGGGUCCUUCCUGGGGGCUGCAGGGCUCGUGGGGAGAAUCGUAGGGACUGGGGGGCCCAGCCUGGCUUGAGAACAGCCCUGCUGCCCUUUUUGAGCCGAGAUUUUGAAGUGGAUGCCCGUCUUGCCAGAAACGCUGUUCUCACCAGAAUGCCCUCCUUCCUGCUCUCCCACACUGGACUUGGCCCUGCCCAGUGCCAAGCAAAGACCUUCCCCUGGCCUACCCUCCCCAGGCCCCUCAGAGCAGCCGAGCACUCCCCUCCAGGCAGCCCUGGGCCCUCGGGCCCUUCCUGCCUGCCUUCUCCCCAGUGGGGAGGUGACAGAGGCCUGCGUGACCUUGUUUCCCAGGGUGUGAGCUGCCCCCUCCCCAAAAGCUGACUCACUGUGAGUGACUUGGGCAAGGUCCCAAACCUCCUUGUGCCUCAGUUUCCCCAUCUGGAAAAAAUGGGGCCACCUCUUGCCAGCAGUAGCAGGGCCGCCCACGCCCCUUCCUCCCCAUGCCCCCACCCCAGCACGUGGGCGCCUCGUGCCUCUGCCUCAGUGGGUCCGUGGGAGCCCGCCUGAGCCCAGCACUUACUCCCCUGAGCACCGGCUCAGCCUGCCUCAGCUGUCCAGCUGCUGAGAGCCAGGGUCUCGUGCUGGGGUGGGGAGGGGCGGGGGUGGGGGGCGGGAUGCCCUCUUUUCUAUAUUUAUUUCAAAAAGAAGUCUCCUAAAGGAGUAGAAAUGCAGUCCGGCCCAGGGCUCACAGCCCCUGUGACUGUCCUCCCGUGAGGGCCUCACCCGAGCCCCUCGUCCGGCAGCCUGCCCAGACCCUCCGGGCCUGCUUGCCUGGUGGUCUUUCUCCUCCUUUUCAAAGCAAUAUCCUCCAGGUCUGCAAAGCCUGUCAGACAGACUGGUCCCUUCCAAGGUCAGCCCAUGUGUCUGAGUAAUUUCUGGCAAAGCAAAUGAGAGGAGUUUGGGUCUGCCCUCACUGGGUGUCACACGCUGAGAGAAGUCCUAUUGUAAAAAAACAAAACGGGAAAAGUCACAAAAAAGUUUGUAUAAAGUCAUAUUUUUGUACUACAUGGGGACUCUUCCUGCAUGUCAGCAAUAAAACUUCCUGAUCUGGA